GUUAAUGGGGUUAGUUAUUUUGGGGCUAAAUAUUUGUGCUGAAAAUAGAGAAAUUUUGAGGUGAUUUUAGUACAGAGCUAUCUAUAUGUUCCUAUUCAAUGCUCUUGAGAAAUCAUGUCGCAAUCGAGCGUUGCAGAGUGUCCCAUUUGUGCAAAAUCUUAUCCAAUGUCGUCCAUCAACCAACAUGUCGAAGAUUGUCUGACGACCUCAGAAACGUCUGGGAAGGAUCCUCGUGAAAAUGCCACUAUAUCAACUCAAAUUGAGACCCAAAAGAAGGCAGACGUACGCAAGUCUUCCUUUUUCAGCCCAGGAAAGAAAUCAAAAGAUUUGGAAACAAAUUCACAGGCGAAAACUAUCGAAAAGUGUUCUCCAAAACUUCAGAAAAGAGAUUUGUCGAAUAUGGCGGGAAAAUCAGACACCUCGCCUCCUGGGAAGAGAACGAAGCUGGAAUCAAAAAAUUCCAGUUCAACAUUUUUUCAAAAAACUAAGGAAAACAAAAACAUAUUAUCAGGUAAUUUACCCAUUCACAAGAAAAUGAGAGUGAUUGACAUUCCCAAAUCACUGACGGAGCCCCCCAGUAAGCUGAGAAGGGAAUCUGCCAUGGAUGACUUUGUGCCACUUGCAGAAAAAAUGCGGCCGUGUUCUCUUCAUGAUUAUGUGGGACAGUCAAAGAUUUUGGGGAAUGGCAGCCUUUUGCGCUCUCUUCUGGAAGCCAAUGAGGUGCCGUCUAUGAUCCUGUGGGGACCCCCUGGCUGUGGCAAGACUUCUUUAGCCCACAUUAUUGCAAAUAAUGCCAAGAAAAGUGGUCACUCAAGGUUUGUAACUCUGUCUGCAACUGCGAGUGGUAUUAAUGAAGUCAAGGAGGUGAUUAAAGUGGCCAAAAAUGAACAGAAAAUGUCGAAGCGCAAGACUAUAUUGUUCAUGGAUGAAAUACAUAGAUUCAAUAAGUCACAACAGGAUACCUUUCUUCCUCAUGUUGAAAAUGGUACAAUCACUUUAAUAGGAGCAACAACAGAAAACCCUUCCUUCCAACUAAAUACUGCCUUACUGAGUAGAUGCAGAGUCAUAGUACUGGAGAAGCUGUCUACAGAGGCACUACAAAUGAUUCUUCUUAGAGCUGUCAAAAGUAUGGGAUGUGUCAUGGAGGAUGAAAGUUUGAAUGGUGAUGACACGUUGGAACAAGGAAGUGGAGCACAGGUUGUCAUAGAAAAGGAUGCAAUAAUUGCAUUGGUAAACUUCUGCGAUGGUGACGCAAGAGCAGCUCUCAAUGGCCUACAACUUGCAGUGCAAUCCCAAAUUGCAAAAGCACAACAAAAUAUAACUAAACAGACCAAUGGGUUGACUUCUGAUGCCGAAACUGGAAAGGAAGACACGAAAUUGCAUAAAGAUUGUAUAACAGUAAAUGUUUCUCACAUCAAAGAAGGACUACAAAGAACACAUAUACUUUACGACAAGAAAGGAGAAGAACAUUACAAUAUCAUAUCGGCAUUGCACAAAUCCAUAAGGGGAAGUGAUGCUAAUGCUUCGUUGUAUUGGUUGGCAAGGAUGCUUGCUGGAGGUGAAGAUCCCCUUUAUGUUGCUCGCAGGCUUGUGAGGAUGGCAAGUGAAGACAUUGGUUUGGCAGAUCCAGAGGCCUUGACACAAACUGUUGCAGCUUACCAGGCUUGCCAUUUCAUAGGAAUGCCAGAAUGUGACGUUAUUCUUGCUCAAGCAGCAGUGUACCUAGCCAGAGCUCCUAAAUCCAUUGAAGUCUACAGAGCAUAUAACAAUGCAAAGAAGUGUGUGAAAGAAUGGGAGGGACCACACCCAUCCGUACCUCUACAUAUAAGGAAUGCGCCGACGAAGAUGAUGAAAAACUUGGGGUAUGGUGCUGGAUAUAAAUACAACCCCGACUAUGAUGAGCCUGUAGAGCAGUCAUACCUUCCUCCUGAACUGGAAAAUGUUAACUUCUUUUAAUAUAGAUAGAAGUUAGUGGUGGUGGUGCAUGGCUUAUUCAGGGGUAUAGCCAGGAUGGGGCAAUCCUCACGCUGUAGAAACCAAAACAUAGUUGAAGUCACGUGAUAAGUUUGACUUGCCAAUCUUCAGAAAAUGGGUUUUGGGCCCCUCCCAAAGCAAAUUCCUGGCUAUUCCCAUGCAUAUACAGGGGACUACAUAAUUUCGCGAUCAAGUUGAUUUGGCAUGCUGUUGCUCUGUUUAAUAAAUCAUAGUUAACUAUCAACUAUGGUUAAAUGAAUGUGUAUAUUAACUAUAUGUGCAAGAGUAAUAUGGAUUUGAGGUUACAGAGCAAAAGCAUUUUGAAGCACUGUCAUAUAACAUGUAAGCUUAGUCGUUAGAAUGUCUUAUUUUACUGAAACCCACCCCUCUGUGUUAGUCACCGUUGAAUAAAUAAAUAAAGUAAAAGCGAAUGUU